AUGUUGGCGCCGAAGCCCAACCUAGCUGUGGGCUUACAACAGCAGCCACGACCAAGGCGGCAGCCGAGACUACAGCUGCAGCAAGAAGAAGCAUUCUGUUCAGCGCUACAGGCCGAGCUGCUGCAGCUACUAAGGCGCGCUCGCCAGCAGCUGCAAGAACUUCAACACAACUGUGCUACGGGCUCUACCGUAACCCCUGACUUCAGCACCUAUCGCAAAAGUGAAAAUACUCUGCCCGUAGAGUCUGAUCUUCAUACAGCUGUUUCUCGGGCGAUUCUUUUGCAAAACGUGCUGACUCUGAAUGUGCUAAAACAGAAACUGCAGCAUCACCUGCAGUUGCAAGGAGAGCAGCGACAGGAUGCGUCAGCAGUGGCAGCAGCAGCUGAAGCAAUAACGGCCUUUGUCCAGGAAGUACAGCAACGCUACACCACUGAAAAGGAAAAGAGCAGCAGUGAAUGGCCACUAUAUUUGCAACUCAAACGGAAACGGAUAUACUGGCAGCAACAACAACAGCAGCAGCCGCUGUAUCACACGUUAGUGGAUCUAGUCCUAGCAGAUCUUGAAGCAUGGGCGAAAGAGGCAGAGAGCGAUGACGAACCGUCGGCCGUCCCUGCAGAAGCAACAGUCAGUGUGCAGCAACAGAAAGAUGUGUCAGAGUCCCAGCGCCAUACUUUGGUAGAGGAACAGAAAAAUCGGGAAGCGUUGCUGCAGCGCAGAACAAAGGCUCCAUCAGCAGUCGGAGUCAAUGACGCUCGACUAGAGGAAGUGCUCCUGGGGACGGCGAAUGAAAUGAAGCAGGGAGCCCUGAGAUUCAGGCAGCGGCUGCAGAAAGACAAUGAGUUGCUGCAGCGAACGGCGGCAACCCAAGAAGCGCUACAGCGGAAACAGCUGCAGGGCCUGCAAACAGCUAAGAAACUGCUGCGCUUCUCAUUUUUUGCCACUCUAAUGCCCUUAGUACAGCUAGCCAUUGCCGUGGCGAUAACUCUUGCAAUGGUAUCGUUUAUUUUAUUCACUCCUGGCUAG